UGUGAAGGUGACUUGUUUAGCCGAGAAGAUGCAGAGGAAUCAAGGAUGUCUGUGCGGCUCCCUCUUACGCUGAAACGUCGACAGCCUAGAGAAACCAGGAGUCGACCUCUGCGUUGCUUGCAGUGAAACAUCAAGGCGAACACAGUAUAUUUUCUUUUUGAGAGGGUUAAAUUUGUGGAUGCGUAUGCAUGUGUUCUGCACCGAAUGGGCGAAAGAACCGCCCCAGGUCCACAGCCAACAUAUUCCAGAUAGGCAAGCCAGCACAGAGAGACUCGGAGCGACGGGAGAGCACCGAAAGCACGCGCAAAGCCCAGCGCGCAGUGGAUGACUGCAGAAUGACGGUCCAAGAGUUCAACACACUGGUGGCGCUCCACCGUGAGCAGGUCAUUUCCAUUGGAGAGAUCACGGUGGACUGUCCUUCUCUAAGAGCACAGAUGCAUAAGACGCGCACUAAAGGAUGCAGCGUGGCUCAGACUGCCUAUCAGAACCUUACUGUCAUCUCCGGGCCAGAGGAUGGGGAAAUUCACCCAGAGAUCUGUAGGCUCUUUAUACAGUUGCAAUGUUGUUUGGAGAUGUACAUCACUGAGAUGCUUAAGUCAGUUUGUUUGCUGGGUGUGCUGCAGCUUCACAGGAAAGGAAAUGAACCCUGCCCUGAGCCAAACAUAGAUGGCAGAGUUGAAGAAAGCUCUGAUGUCCCAAUAUUGGAGGACAGAUCAUCAUCACCUGUUGACUUCCCCCAGGAAUCCUGGCUGGUGUGCACAGACAUUGAAAACAUAGAGAGUGACAUGAGAGACAUGAGAAAUCUGCUAAGCAAACUCAGGGAGACCAUGCCAUUGCCACUGAAGAACCAAGAUGACAGUAGUCUGCUGAACCUGACCUCCUACCCGCCAGUGAGGCAGAGAAAGAGGCGCUUCUCCGGCCUCUGCUGUCUCGUGUCAGAUCUGUGUGUGUUUUUUGGAGAGUCUACAGCAUGGCCCAGACAAAAACAAUUCACUUAUCUUUCUGCACAGGAAGACAGGAAUAAGGAGCAUAAAAACAGUGUAAAUAAACAUUGCCCAUCUGUUUAUUUGGAAAACAGAAAGGCACAUAACAUUUCAAUCCACAGUCCACUUUGGGUUAAAAAAACGACAAAUCUACCGACCUUUUCUCUGGAUUUCCCGAGGUCAAGAACAAGAGUUUUGUUGAGAUCUGUACUAUUUGAAUUUUGCCCCAGCAAGUAUAGCCUCUCAAUGGGUCACAGAAGGUUCCUUCUCAUCUCAAUCCUCAUCUUGGCUUCUGUCACUGCCACCAUGUGCUGUUUCUGUGACCACUACCCAUGGAGCCCAUGGUCUUAUUGCACUAGGACCUGUGGUCAGGGGAUUCAAGAACGUGCAAGAUAUGUACAGUAUGAUGAGCACUGGAACAAGAAUAACUGUGGCCAGCUGUGUGAAAUUCAUGAAAACAGAAUGUGUCAUGUUGAGGCUUGUCCUAUACAUUGCCAACUAACUGAGUUUGGACCCUGGUCAGACUGCUCACCAUGUGUCAAAAAAAUGUUCAGGACCCGGUCUGUCCUAAGGCCAUCUCAGUUUGGAGGACAAGAUUGUAGUGAAUCUCUAACGGAAGAAAGGUCUUGUCAUCCAUCAAAAGAAUGUAAAAUAGAACCAGUCAACUGCAAGGAUAAGUUCACCUGUGACAAUGGCAGAUGUAUAAAAGCAGUUCUUGAGUGCAAUGGCCAGAAUGACUGCUUGGACAACUCUGAUGAGAAAAACUGUGGAACAGUCAAGCAGGUGUGUGCAACAAGCAGGUUUCAUGUCCCUCCUGGCACAGAUCUCAUCGGUAAUGGUUUCGAUGCUGUUGCGGAGCAGAUGAGGGGGGCAGUUCUGGACAACACCUUCAUGGGGGAUGAAUGUGUUGUAAACCGCAGCAGAGUGAACAGAAAGGUCUACCGAAUACCAGCUAACAUUGAAAACUAUGAGAUCAAAGUGGAACACCUUGAGGAUAUUACCGAGAAUCCGCCAGUAAAAAGUGAAGUGGUCUCCUUGGACAGCCAAAGGUCAGAAUCAGGAUUCGGUUACGCAGGAAACUUUCAACUUAACAUUCCCAUUCUGUUGAACAUUUUCCGUCACGCUCAUCAGUCCAGAUCCUUCAAGGAAGAGAUCAAAUCAUUUCAACAAAAGGACUCCAGGUUUUUUAGGGUACAUCAGGUUAUAGCCACAUCAACUUUCAGAACAAAACCUUCUGACCUGUAUUUAUCAGAUCCUUUCCUGAAGUUCCUCAACAGUUUACCUCUGGAGUACAACUAUGCCCUCUACAGGCAGAUCUUUCAGUUGUUUGGGACCCAUUAUUUUGGCUCUGGUACACUAGGAGGGCAGUAUGACCUGCUUUUCCUGUAUGAUCGUGAAGAGCUCAGAACUCAUGGUUUAACUGAGGAGAAGACUCAAAAUUGCAUCAAAAAAGAAUUUUCCAUGUUUUUUUUUGUGUAUUUCACAAGAUCACAUAGCAAUAGGUGUGGUACCAACAAGAUGACCUCCACAUAUGAGGGCUCAUUCCUGCAAACGUCGGAAAAGUCCCUCUCUGUGGUGAAGGGAGGAAGAGCAGAGUAUGCUGCAGCUCUGGCUUGGGAACGCAAGGGUGUUCCUCCUGAUAACACCACAUACAAAGAGUGGAUAAAAUCCACUAUAGACAACCCUACUGUCAUAGAAUAUGAGCUGAUGCCCCUGGUGAACCUUGUGCGGGGCUUUCCCUGUGCUGUGACUAAGAGGCGUCACAUGCAGAGAGCAUUGGCUGAAUAUUUGACAACCUACGACUCCUGUAAAUGUGCCCCUUGCCCAAACAACGCCCGGGCUGCUUUUUCAGGGACAGAGUGUGUGUGUAUCUGCCAAACAGGAACCUAUGGGUCCAACUGUGAGAAACGAGCAAAGGACUACACUUCAGAGGCCAUUGACGGCUACUGGAACUGCUGGAGCCCAUGGACCACAUGCGACUCCUCCCUAAGGAGACACCGCACGCGUGUCUGCAACAACCCUGCUCCUCAGAGGGGAGGCAAGCCCUGCAAGGGCCCUGAGCACCAGGAGGAAAAGUGUACCAUCUCAAUUUUCCAAGAGCAGAACGUUUGCAUUAAUGAUGAUGACUUUGUGACAGAGGGUGAGAGUGAGAGUGUAUUGCCUCCAGGAGAGUCUGGCUGUCCCAAACCCAAGCCUCCUCUCAACAGCUAUCUGAGGAUGAAUAAGAGGCAAUAUAGUUACGGAGACCAUGAGGAGUUUGUGUGCUUCACUGGUUUCGAGCUGGAUGGGUACGGGCUUAUACAUUGUCUGUCAGAUGGCACCUGGGAGGUGGCUAAGGGCCGCUGUGUCAAGAGGAUGUGUUCCAGGCCUGCAGUGUCAAAUGACAUGAAUAUAAACCCGAGCAAAGAGGAGUACCGGGUCGGAUCCCAUAUCAUGCUGAGCUGCUCCAGCAGUGACAUGAGCCUGUCAGGGCCACGGUUCUACACCUGCACCACCACACUCACCUGGGCACCACCCAUUCCUUCUAACAUACAGUGCAAAGAUGAUAAUCCUUUUGUACCUGAUAGCAGAUGUGGGAAAGGAGAGCACCACGAUGGUUUCAGGUGUGUCUGUAUACCUCAAGAAGACUGCAGGAGGUAUAACGAAGACUUUUGUGUUUGGGAUGCAGCGAAAGGCCGUGCCAUUAUGAUGUCCUUCUGUGCUUUUCAUGCUGGGCGUUGCCAUGGAGAUAAGAUAUACUUCAUGAACAAUGGGCCCUGCAAAAGUGACGUGGCUAGUCUGGACUGGGCCAGAUUCAGGGCCAGUGUGUCUGAGAAGAGCUCCGUUCAGGAACCCUGUGGAUCGGACACCUGUUAUGAGUGGGAGACCUGUUCAGCAUCAAGUACAUGUGCAUGCAAGCUUCCCAGAAACUGCUCAAGGAACCAGGAGCAAGCAUACUGUUUGAAUUUUCUGAGGCUUCAGCGCAAGAAGACCAUGAAUUUGUGUAACAUGGCUGCCAUGAAAUGCAGUGGUAUUGAGUUUGAACUUCUUAAUGAAGGUGAAUGUAAAAGCUCCUAAUUCCUUUCAUACUGUGUGGUUACAUGGUCAAUAUUAACUGACCAUGAAUGUGUAUAAUGCUGUACACUGAUUUAAGAUACUGUACUGAUGUUAUAAAUCAUAUUGGAUUUUAUAUAUAUAUA